AUGGACAUUGGUGUCGGUACUGGGCUCUUCCCUGUAAAACAUCGCGAGCAGAUGCGGCAGAAAAACCAAGAGUGGCCUCAGCACUUGGCCCUUGUUGACAUGAACCCUUCGUGCCUGCAAAAGGCUGCCGAGCGUAUCGACUGUCCGAGCAAGACCGAAUGCAUUUUUGGGAACACGAAUGAUAGCCCAGAGGUUUUUUUCAAGGCACUGGAGAAUGAGUUUGAGGAGGUUGAGACCCAUAUUGUGGGAGUGGUGCUGCUCUUUCGGGCUAGCAAACCCCGGAUUCCAAUAGCAACGGAGAUAAUGAAUGCCGGGAUUUCCAACCUUGAAUGGCGCCUGGACUCCGGGCCCUAUGUGCAUGGAUGCCCUGAAUAUGAGGGGUGGAUAAGAAGGUCAGGCUUUGCUACCGCAAUAUUGCCACGAGCCAGCAGAUUAUCUAGGUUGUCGAUCGACAUGGAAGAGAACCCGUGCAAAAUCCAGUCAGGACUGGGAAUGGACGAAUUGUCCACGCCAUUGAUCCUUUUCCACGAUGCAGGCGACACUGUGUUUCCGUAUUUCUGCUUGGGAGAGUUACUUCGGCCGUUUUACGGCAUCAACAUUUCCCACUUCGAUCAAGGAGGCAAAUGGGACCUUGACUAUUCACAUUUACUUCGGUCAGCCAUCGGAUCUGGGGCCGUCAUCCUGGGAGGAUGGUCUCUUGGGGGCUGCGUUGCCUUAGAACUUGCAUCUCGAUUAAUGAGGCUUUCCCAGUACACGGUUAUCCACCGCAUGAUCGCUGAGGUAGCUGCCAGCUUCCAGCUACCGGCCCGUAUGUCCGAUGCCCGGCGGGUGCAAGCGCAGCAAUGCACUUUGUACGCUCACAAGAUGCAGCGACUGCCUCUUAAAAUAUUCAUACGCGCCGCCGAUUCGGUGCAUUUUAACCCCGGUGCGAAGCCCCGCUACCUCGAUCUCAUCCGAAACUGGGCGUACCUGGGAUGGGAGGAAUACGAUACAAGCUUCAUCCAAGCCUGUAUGGGAAUCCCAGGCAACCAUUUUACCAUUUUUGAUGACCAACAUUGUCACCGAAUAACGACUAAAUUCCGGGAAGCUUGCGCAAUGUUGACUAUGUUAACUCAAUCACAACAGCCAAAUCUCGAAUGA